UCCCCCGUGCUGCUCAGACCGGGUCUGUCUCCGCUCCCUGAAAAACGCUGUAAAGUUUUGUCAGUGACGAAUAAACUCAUGAAAGAAACCGGGCGACGGAUAGUUUCAAAGCUGGACUUGUGCGGCGUUUGGCUUUUUCACUGUAGUUGUGUUUUUUAGAGACUUUAAACUGGUUGGUUUGUUACGCGAAGUCGCCGGGAUUUCCUCUCAUCUCGAAGUUCCCAAGAUGAACUUCGGUCCGGUGGUCGGAAAACUUUCUGUGUUUGUGGCAACGCUCCUCAUCGGGCUGGUUUGUCACGCAGCAGAACCUCCAGCAUCUCAGUGGUCCAGCGACGAAAACAAGAACCUCACCCUUCGACGACACAGGACAUGUGUCGAGAACGAGCAGUACCUCCACAAGGGACUCUGCUGCCUCAAUUGCCAGGCUGGAACCUUUGUGCAGAAAGGAUGUGAAAGAGACCAAGAACCUGGUACCUGUCUUCCCUGUGAGCAUGGACAGACCUACACAGAGCACUCCAAUGGGAUGAACCGCUGUUUGCCCUGUACCCACUGCCGCUCAGAUGAGAUUCAAACUGCACCCUGCACCACAACCACAGACACCAGGUGCCAGUGCAGACCAGGUACUUUCUGUGUCCCAGAUCAGGCCUGUGAAGUCUGCAAACGCUGUGCCAAGUGUAAAUCAGGGGAGGAGGAGGUGAAGAAGUGCACUCCCUUUUCUAACACAGAGUGUCGAAAACGGGAAAUGUCCCCUACUGAAACCUUCCCUGCCAUCCCUACACCGACGCCUACUUCUCCUGCUGACAUAGUUGGUCCAGUAUGCAUUUUCCUGGUCAUCAUCGUCAUCAUCAUCAUCAUUGCACUGGCUGUAUGGUGGUUUGUCAUCAAGCAUCGUUCAUGUGAAUUACCAUGUUCAAAGAGCCACUGUGAUUCCAGUGAAAUUGUGAAGAUUCCUAUUGACGAGAGUGGGGCCACAGCAGAGGAGAGACAGAAUAAUCAGAAUGCAGGUCUGGAGGGAGAAGAAUCCCGCCCAGAGUCACGGCCCCUGCUGCAGGAGACCCAGCCUGGGAUGACCAAGGCCUCUCCUCCCCUCGAAGAUGAGGACCGAGGACUAGGAGACAGUUUGCCCAACACCACAAGUUCAUCUCAAACUAGCCUCUCAGCCCUGCCCACAGCAGCUUCCUCUGGCAACACCCCACACCAGAGCCCCACUGCCAUCAGACUGCCCCCUGCAGACAUGGAUGAUCCUCUGCGACAUCGAUUGGUGCCACUACAAGGGUCAGAAAAAUCCCUCAAGAAGAGCUUUGAUUUGUUCGACGAGUACCUGGAUGUGCGGAUCCACAACAAGUUUUUCAGAUUGAUUGGAGUCAGUGACAACAGCAUUCGGAUUGCAGAGAAUGGCGCUCCUGGUGACAAAGUGUAUGAACUGCUGAAGAGCUGGAUGCAGCGGCAGGGACUGAAAGCCGACAUUAACGACCUGUUGGACGCUUUGCUAAGUAUGGACCAGCGACGCUCAGCUGAGUGCAUCGCCUCUGCUGCCAUGCAGAGAGGCUACUACAAGCACGCAGACACACCCUGAAAGCUGAAGUAACCGGGGGGGGACUGCGAAUGAAGUAAACACAAAGUACUUAAUGCAAGAAAAACUAAAAGCACACAGACACUGUCGGUGGACACCGUGUCUCACGAACAGGCUUACCUCUUUGUGGCUGAGCAGCCAUGUAUUCGAAAGCCAGUAGUUUUAAAAAGAAAAACACAAAAAGGGGAAGGCCGAGCCGCAUUCAAACGAGCUCUGAAGAUGUUGACUACUUGCCAAAUGCGGGGUUGUGAUUAUGAAAAUGAAGAAAAAGUUUUGUGGUCAAAUUUAAGAACAUUACCACCAAAGACAACCAUGAAUAUGUGUUCAAGAGGAGAGCAGAUGAACAUGAAGGUGUCCGCUUCCACAGGGAGAAAUGGCUGCAUGUUUUAGGCUCUAAUGAAGCAACAUGCAUCCAAAUACUGAAAGCAUAGAUGUCUCCGGGCAUGUGUCACUCAUCUGGUCCCCUACCCAGAUCAAACUACACUACCUGGAGACAAGGAUAUACACUGGUUUGUAGGAGUGGCAUUAGCUAUGUCACUAAUACUGUGCCUCUUUGAUGCACUGACCUCUGGCACAUGUAGGAUUUAAAACUACAGUCAUGCUCUAUUUGUUGUUUUGUAGAUUUAGGCUUCUCUGAAACCACAUGUAACAGUUUAUGAACAUUUUCCUGACUAGUGGUAGGAAAAUAUUGUCCAUUUGUUAUGAGGGUCAAUGUGCAGCCAUACUAAUCUAAAUGUUUUACCUCUUUAAUGCCACUUGAUCUAAAUUUAUUUAGCUAUCAUGAUUUCAUCGUGUUCAUAGAACAUAGUGAUUAAUAAAGAUUUUGUACCAUCAAGUAGGCAUGGGACGAUAUGAAAAUUUCAAGUCACAAUUAUCCUGAACAUAAUAAGUUGGAUUCACCAUAUUAUCCUAAUAAUGAUCAAAAUAUGCUUAAAACUCUUAAUAUGGCACUAAAACAUACUGGAAUCACUUCACAUUAAUAUGAUAAUUAUAUCCCAGAGAGGACCCACACAUUUUUACUUAGUGAAAAAUAAUUUAAAAAAAACAGGCUUUUCAGCUAUUUGGUAUGGCAUCGUAUCUCUCGAUAUUAGAUAUGUUUGAUUAAGAUCUUUUGCGUUCUUUUGAGGUUGGUGCAUAUGCAGCCUGUUUCUGUAGUGUUUUUUUUAUUGUUGGUUUCCCAGCAGGCUCUUUGGGUGCUGCUGGGCAUAAUAUUUACGAUGAUCCUAAUAAUGGAAAGUCACCAAUAUCAAUUUAAUGGGUGUUUUUUAUUGCAAUCCGCAAUAAAAUCGUAUAUCGUCCCAUCCCUACAAUCACAUCACAUUGGAGAUUUACUUUCAGUCUUUGUUGUCCAGUCUUUUAUAUGUUCAGUGUUAUUAUACACACACGACAUUGUAGAAGAAAUUUCACAAGCUGUUUCUGUUGGAACAACUGUUAAUAGUAUAGUCGAAUGUUUCCGUAAUGUUUCCAUGUAGUAUGGAGAACUUCAAAGGUCAUUUUAUUUAUUGACAUAUUUAUUGUAAUGAAUAAUAAUUAACUUUCAUUAUUUAUACCAUUACCAAAACAAACGUCCCUGGAAAAAAGGCACACACUAUAUUCGUGUUGUGUUUUGCUUCAGGGCUAAAUGACUGACAUCAAACAUUUUCAAGGUAUGGUUGAAACUUGUAGUGUUGAGUUAAACUCUAUUCCUGCUCGCUGCACUGUGCUUAGUGUAGCACUCUGGUCCACACUGUCACUGUGUCAAUGUUACGUGUGCCAUUUUUUCCACAGGAGACCACAGUCAGCAGAGUGUGGAAGCUUUCAUGAUGCUAAAUGCAGAAUGGGUCACCUCAAAUCGGAGCUGAGGUGACACCAGACUUAGAGGACUAACCUGAUGAGUCGAAGCAUUAUAAUGAAGCGACUGAAUAAAUAAUCUGUCUGUACCCAUCAGCGGUGACAUGGGAUACAGAUCUGGAUUGUGUUGUCUUGGUUAGACUCAGACAAGAUGAAGGAAACCUUUUCUGGAUUUAAAAAGAAGCUCAAAUAUAUUUCCCUCAUUCUGUCACAUGUACAUACAAAUGUCCAGAGAGCAUUAAAGCCUCACAAAGUGUUUAUGUAUAUAUGCAGCUCUAUUAACAAACCAAAAUGAAUAUAGUGAGGUAUGAAGUUAUGAAGAACAACAGACACAGCGACAAGAGUAGUUGGCUGUUGAAGUUGUGACAUUUUAAACUAGAUUUUGCCCAUUUUUCUGCAGUCUCUAAUGUAUAAAGGAAAGAGUUACAGAGUUUUAUAUUAUUGCUGAAGAGUGAUGCUACAGUGCUGGCACUGCCAUCUAUUGACAGACAAUGAAAAUACAGCCGGCAUCAAUUUCUAGGGAUCUCAUACACCCCUCUCACUUUACAUUCUCCCUUUGACAUCUUUUAAACAUUUCUCGACUCUCAGACUUUAUUUCUUUGAAAAUUCCUGUUAGCCUUUCCUGAAGUAGCGUAGCCGUGAAUAGGCUCCAGUGCAUGUUUUGUUCACUCUGUGGGAGUUCCUGUGAGUGUAUGUCUUUCUUUUUUAAAAAUAAUUUCUGUGUUUUUACUUUUACAUAUUUCAUUGCAAGUCCUAAGCUGUUCAAUUAACUUCCUCUUACUUGUGUAAAAAUGCUCUGUUCAGCAAUUGCCGUUAAGCCAUUUCUCCCUUAGUUAUUGUUUGCUUGUCAUGGAUUUCAGAUAUAAAUUAUGCAAAUAUGAGCUGUUUUUAUGUCAAUUUCAAAUAAAUGUUUUGUACAGAUUACCA